AUGUCCAGAAAUCCCAGCCGCUCCAACUCUCCCGCCCCUCGCCAGAGCACCAUCACCGAGAGCACCCUCUCCUCCGGGUUUGGUGAUUAUGGCUCCCCCGGAAUAGAAGGCUUUGCCCGCCCUCCUUCUCGCAGCUCCAGCACGGCUGCCCAGCGUGGAAGCGCCAGCACCUUCAGCAGCACUACUGCUCAGCGUGGAAGCACAACCACCACGGCUGGCCGCACCCCCUCAACUCCGGCGCGCCCAGCCUCUCCCGGUCCUCGACCAGGGAGCUCUGGCGGUGUUCGCCCGGGAAGUUCAGGUGGCGGUCGCCCAGGCAGCUCAGGCAGUGCAGGCUCCGGUGACUCCAUCAUUCCAACCGAGGGUAAUGUGCCCGCAGCACUCCUCAACCGGGGCAAAAGGUCGCAGGAAGACAGGCAGAGGCUUGCCAUUGGAGAGUCCAAUGCUUCUAUGCUGGAUUCCCGUGGCCGUUCGGCUCGCCCCUCCCGUGACAGGAAGUCCAGAAAGGACGGCUCCAAGUCUUCUUCUCGCUCUCGCUAA